UCUGCGCGAUCGGGCACGCAUGGAUGUAAACAUAUUGAUACCAAUAAGAGGGGAAUUAUACCAUUAUUCUCAUAGAUCGCAUUUGAUUACUUUUGGCUACAUUCGAUACGGUACUUCAUGAAGACAGUAUGUGAUCAUUUUACAUCAGUUUUUAUGAAUUCAACACAUCAUUGCGUGUUACUCAGUGAGACUGAUCUGACUUGCGUGUCGACACAUUUUUUCUUCAAGGUCAAUUUGGACUAUGGUAUUCUGUUUUCAUGAGGAACAAUACUUAUCGAAACAGAAAGCAAAGUUUGAAUGUUUACAAGUUUAUAGACCAUGCAGGAAUAACUGAUCACAAUGAUUUGCUAUAGGGGAUCUCGUCUACCUGUUCUUCUGCUUUCAUGCUUCAUUGUAAUCAUCAGUUAUUCUGGUUCGUCUAAUGGUCAAUGGGACUGCUUUAACCGCCGCACCUGGUCUUACUACGGGACCUUCAACCAGUCCUGUGUUCUUACAGAUGGCACACUUGACUGUCAAUACUGUGAAAACUGGACCUCCAUCGUCGGGAACUGGAGCAACGCUGAUGAUCUCAUUGAUAGAUACGAUCUGGAGGAUAAUCAUUGUCGUGUAGCAGGGAACUCCACAGCGCCAUGGUGCUACAUGGUAAAUCUCAAGGGAGAAUUGGAGCCUGGAUUUUGUCAUAUUGACACAUGUGCAGCACAUGCUGGUUGCAGGAACGGUACCGGUGAAGAUUACCGAUGGUAUGGUCACUACACUGAGUCUGGCUACCUCUGUAUCGACUGGGAGAAAGGGAUUAAUAUCACUUUGGAUCCUGUAUCAGGGUUGGAUGAGAAUUUUUGCCGCAACCCGGACGGACGUGAUAGGCCAUGGUGUUAUUACCAGAGUCCAAACAGCAGCGAAAUCUUGUCAGAUUUCUGUCAGAUAGACGAGUGUACCCUCGGUGCCCUGUCCCACUUUCAGCUGACGCACUAUGCGCGUUUCGGCUAUUACGACAGUCGCAUCAUUGAGGACUCCAAUAUAACGGCAGAGGAGUGCGCCCUCCAGUGUCUAGAAGAGGAAUCGUUCUCGUGUCUCUCUGUCAAGUUCCGUGAUGUGCAUACCUACAACAUCCGAAGAUGUACCUUAUCAGCCCAAAGCAUAUACACUCUAAAUCUAGCAAGGACCCAACCAAACCCGGAUAUUUAUAAUAAACAUCAUGGACUGUACACUCGAAUUGACAAAAUAUGCGAUGCUUUCCUGCCAGAUUUUACGAAGCUUUCGGCAGCUGAAUGCCCUUUGCCCCUGAGUAUCUUGCUGAAUAAUGGCAGAAUCAAUGCGAGCUUCUCUGCGUCCAGUUAUAUGGACGGUCAUCACCCAAACCAAACCGAUGUGCAAAGUGUCCUAGCCUGGAUUCCAGCUGAUGACGUGACUGGAGAAUGGUGGCAGGUGUGCUACAGCGAGCGUGUCCUCAUCACUGGUCUCGUUACCCGUGGCAACAAGGAGAUGAUGGAUGGAGAGGGAUGCUGGGUUAACUCAUUUAAAGUGGACUACAGCUUAGAUGGGGAGUACUGGUGGAAUCAUUUAGAUUACCAAGGUGAUGACCCACGUCAACCUAUAGAAUUUUUCGCCAACUCAGAAGCCAGCUGCAACACGACGAUUUUCCUCCCUACACCUACCCGAGUGAGUUGUCUACGAAUACUACCCGAGACCUGGCGAAACAAGAUAUGUCUCUCUGUCGGGAUCAUCGGCUGUCUAGACAAUGACUGUGAUGAAACAAUGGGACUAAGCAUAAAUCGUAUUCAUGACAACCAGAUAGAGGCAUCAUCCUGGAACGGUGAUGCGCUCCAUCCUCCAUCAUCAGCCAGGGUAGGAUACAUACAACAAGUCGGAUAUGGGUGGAUCCCAGCACAAUCAUCGACAGAUCAAUGGAUACAGAUCAACUUCGACAGUGAGAAGUUUCUCCAGGGCGUGGUCACUCAGGGAUGUCUAGACACGGAAGCAUGGGUGGAGUCUUACACCAUCUCAUACAGCCAACACCUCGUGACAUAUCGCCAUGACAAUGGGUCAGUCGUGGUUUUUGAAGGUAACAGGGACAUGACAACUCUUGUACGCAAUGACCUGGAUCCACCCUUUGUGACCCUUAAUGUAAGAGUUCAUCCGGUCACGUGGUAUCGUGAUAUCUGCCUCCGUCUUGAGUUUAUCGGAUGCCAGAACAGGGUUUGUAAUCACAGACUUGGAAUGGAGUCUUAUAAAAUCCCCAAUGAAGCCAUAGAAGCCAGUUCCUUCCGCUACAGAUAUCCUCCAUACAAUGGACGACUACACGUAGAAAUGGCUUCCCUACCUCCAGAGCAACCCGUACCGUUCUGGGAACCAAGUGGUGAACUAGGACUGAACGAAUGGCUUCAGGUGGAUCUAGUAGAGCUACACACGGUUACAGGUAUUAUCACACAAGGUGCUGGCUUACAAUCUGAGUUGGAUUGGGUUGUCUCUUAUCGCUUAGCUUUCUGGAGCAUCAGGAGCACCAACGUAUCAGAGGAAUGGCUCUAUUACCAGGACAUCGAAGGCAAUCAAAGUAUUCUACCCGGUAACAGCGAUCAGAAUACUGAAGCCAGGAACACUCUUGACCGGCCAAUCGUCACAAGACGUGUUCGUAUCAUGCCGUAUGAAUGGUAUAGCAGACGUAUAAGAAUGCGAGCUGAGAUCGUCGGAUGCCCAUUGUUAGGCACUGGUAGGGUAUGUGACUCCGAGAAAGUGUUGUUAUAUGACGGGAAAUGCUACGCAUCUGUAAGCAGCACGGCAGAAGGAGCGUGUAGUGAUAUCUUUGCUGAAGACAGCAAGAGAGCUACGGUGAAGUCAUCCAGCAUCCAAGAUGUACUAUUAGAUCAUCGGUCUGAUCUCGUGUUCGAAAGCAAGACGCAGCUGACACUAGGAGCUACGAAAGAAGGCGAGGAAGACUGGAUGUGGGAUGACGGUACUCCCGUCAUAUAUGACCAAUUCUCGAAUGAUCUGUUAGUUAACAGUCCUCUCUGUGUGGCUCUUGACGGACUUGCAAGUUUUAAAUGGACACAGUAUGAAUGCCAGAGUGUUAUUCUGCGUGGGACUCUCUGUGAAAUAGAUAUCGAUGAGUGUCUAAGCAGUGAACAUGGGUGCUCACAUGACUGUGUGAAUGAUGAGGGUAGUUAUCACUGCGCAUGCCCAGAAGGUUACCGCUUGGAUCCGUCCCGUCGACAGUGUGUUGAUAUAUGCGCAAUUGACAUCACGAAUCCUACGAACAGCACUGUCCUCAAUAAAGGAUCCUCUUGCUUCGUCGUCAUGGAUUCUGAAGAGAUCACGUGGUCAGAAGCUACCAAUCAUUGCAUGGCAAUUCAGAGUCGUCUACCGAAUGCCAGUGACGUUUUCUUUAUGGAGGCUUUGAAUGAGGCAAAUGUAAGUGAUAUUUGGGUAGAAGACGAUCUUUCUGCCGUAGAUGAGCUCUGCCCUUCAAUCAUAUGGAACACGACUAAGAUUACAAUCGAAUCGUCUGACUGUAAUGAUCAGAAAACAUUCAUCUGUGAGCGAGAAUAUGCUGAUCUUCAUUGCCAUGAUAUUUGGUCUGAUGACGUCACAUCACACGUGACAUCAGCUUCAGUAGGUCACAUACAAGCGUUCAGUUACCCUCCACUCUACAACCAGCAAUCAACAUGUAACUUUCUGAUCAAGGGGCCUGAUAGUAUGAAUAUCAGACUGAGAAUCAUAAGGGUAAAUUUACGGCAAGACCUGUCCAAAUCACGAUGCCAAGAUGCCCUCGAUAUAAACGACGUCUUUGGUAACACAAGUCACAUCACACGAGGUCGAUAUUGCGGUGAAAUUUACGACAUUGAGGUCUUUAGCAAGUCCAACGUCGUUUUCAUUGAACUCUCUAUGUGGCCGUUGACUGCAAACAUGCCCAAUGAACUCGGCUUUGAAGCCACUUAUGACAUGGUCGAUUGCGAUGUGAUAGAUUGCAAUGCUGUAUGCGGUAAGACAGUCAGCUAUCACGGACCAUCAGGCUCAAUCCAGACCAAUGAUUUCCCGUCUAUUAUUCCACCAUUCACCAGCUGUGAGUAUAACAUUACUGUUCGAUCUGAUCGCUACAUCUCUCUUCAUUUCGACGACUUCGACAUCGAGAGUGACUCUGCGAACUGUAUUAAUCGUGUGUCAGUACGUACACCAACCGGUAUCCUGAAACGCGCACUGUGUGGAAAUAAGACCCAGCCUCUCAUCAUAUCCAACUCAUCUACGGUCAUCGUCGACUUGGACACGGGGUUAGCGGGCAAAUCAACUGGGUUCAAUCUUGUCUACAACACAACAGAAUUAGGAGGCUGUGGAUUUGGUCGCGAUACUUGUUCGGGUGUGGAGUACUGCACCCUUUCUGCCGCUGUGUUUGUCUCCGUCAACUACCCCUUUCCUUACGCGCCCAAUUCACAAUGCCGAUGGAAUAUCGUCACACCUGAAGGCUCCUUCGUGACCAUAACGUUUACACUCUUCGAUGUCGUCUCCGACACCAAUGACCAGGAGUGUACUCAAACAGACUACUUGAUCGCCUAUGAUGGGGUCAGUGAUGAAGAUUCUCAGCCAUCAGUCUUGGGACGUUUCUGCAAUGCAAACCCACCCUCCAAUGACGUCCGAAGCAGCCUGAAUGUCGUAGUCAUUGAGUUUGUUUCAGAUGAUGAUCUCGAAGGGGGUGGAUUCUACGCCGAGUACCGUGCCACCUACACCGAGCUAGAUGUAGACUCAACAGCAGGAGGUACAGAAGCAGAGUACACCUGUCCCGAGGGUUGGGAACUCUUUGGAAGUAAAUGCUUUCAGUUUACCUCACUCAACCGGACGAUUCGAUGGAACGAUGCCUCGAAGAUGUGUCGAGAUAUUGGCGCCUUUCUUGUUAGCAUUACAACCGCCAAAGAGAUGAAUUUCAUCCACUACAUGCUGACGUCAUCAUGGUUUACCGGCAACAGCAUGAAUACUUAUAUUGGUUUGACAGAUAGUGCGAAGGAAGGACACUUUAGAUGGGAAGAUGGAGGUCCUCUAAGUUAUGCAGACUGGUAUAUAGCAAACAGUCCUCAAGAAGACUCUCAACCGAAUGGCCAUGAGGAAGAAGAUUGUACGAUGAUCAAAUUGGACAACCUGCAAUCUUCAGCUAAUUGGCAUGACAUAUCAUGUGCAUCACGUGAAGCAAAUCAGUUCAUUUGUUAUCAAAUGGCUGAAGGAAACGCAAUGGUCCCCUCGCGAAUCGGAGACUUGUCAACAAAAGAAUGUCCCUCUGGAAGUCGUCGAAUAGGAGACACGUGCAUAUCGCUUGCCUUAGCAGACAACAGUCAAACCGCUCUGUUGCCAUGCCAACGCAUCCAAUCCUCCGUCCUCCUACCUCUACCACGUCUUACCUAUGUUCUUGGUCUUCUAUGGCCAUUCAGAUCGAUACCAAUAGGCAUCUCCAUCGACAUACAAGGUACAUACGACAUACAGGAACAAACGCUAAGUUCACGGCCCGAUGACGUCACCUCUGAUUCUUGUCAUGUGAUGGAAUACAAUGGCGAUGAUUGGCAGCUAGUUGAGAGGGACUGCGCACAGGCUCAUUAUGGCAGCAUGUGUUACUUUGUUGUGUCUGAUCUUGUGAAUAUCUGUGGCGAUAACAUGUUUGAGUGUCUGAAUGGAGAGUGUAUUAGAUCAGUACAUGUUUGUGAUGGACAAGAAGAAUGCAUAGGAGGAGAAGACGAAAAGAACUGUGGAGAUUCGGAGUUUAUUGAUGAUAUCACUGCAGCUCCAUCUUGCCCUGACUCAAGUUUCCAAUGUGAUAUGGGUCGAUGUAUCUCAGCUUCAUUCUACUGUGACUAUGUACCUCACUGCCAAGACAUGUCGGACGAGGAGCAUUGUGCCUAUCCGCAAUGUAAGGAUGAUGAAUUUCAGUGUAGCAACGGACAAUGUAUCGAGGCAUCUCAGCAGUGUGAUAUUAUUCCAGAUUGUGUGGAUGGUAGCGAUGAAGAACUGUGUCAGUUCUGUUCAGGAGAAACCUUUCAGUGUUACGAUAGUAGAUGUAUCCCUAAUAGAUCAGUAUGUGAUGGGAGUCAAGACUGUCGUGGACUUAAUAAGGAAGAUGAACAAUCAUGUGAAAGCCGUGACGAUGAUAGAUUGAGGUGUUUAAACGGUGAGAAGCUAGAGUCGAGGCGGCGCUGUCUCUAUGACUUUGAUGAGUAUGGAUUGCAACAAGGCUGUCGUGACGUCACUCAUCUUCGUGAUUGCGGUGACAUCGAAUGUUUUGGAAACACGUUCAAGUGUCCAAAUUCGUAUUGUCUCCCUCUACGACGACGAUGUGACAGUGCUGCCGAUUGUCCAGGCGGCGAAGACGAGUUUGAAUGUGAAUCAUAUUCCUGUCCUGGAUUUCUACGAUGCCACGGAGAGAGGUACUGUGUUACAGACGAUCAGAUCUGUGAUGGGGUAAAGGACUGCCCUGAUGGUGAUGAUGAAAUGUUCUGUGACAUCGCUUGCCCCUCUGGAUGUUCAUGUGAUGGUCUCAGUUUUGAUUGUCGUUCGUUCGAGGUAUGGACACCCGAGCUGGCUGCUAGUAUCCCUACAGAUGCUCGUCAAAUAAUAAUCGCCGACGUUUCUCAAAACAGCCGAAGUAGGCGAGCCGCAGAUAUCACCUGGAACCAGACGACGAUAGAGGACGUCCUUUAUCUCAGUUUAUAUCCGUACACCCUUCUCCUCUCAUUGGGACUUCCUGGUAAUGGAAUCGAAGUGAUUAUAAAUGGAACGUUUAUUACUCAACGAAAUCUGAAGAAGUUAGACCUUUCGAGGAAUAACAUUUGGAUGCUAUACUCUGACACUUUCCGUGGGUUGAAUCAACUAACCGAACUUGACCUGUCAUCGAACCCCUUGACGGUCCUACAGCCCGGUGCCUUCAACUCUCUGCACAGUCUACCUGUCUUACGCUUGCAGAAUCUUGAGCUAACAGCCCUUGAAGAAGGCGCUUUCGUUGGACUCGAUUCAGUUCGAAUCAUAAAUCUAGCAGACAAUAAAAUUGAGCGAGUGACGUCAGGAGCUUUUAAUGGUCUGAACUACACGCGCACAUUGAAUCUCGCAGGUAACGACAUCGUUACAUUUGAAAUGGAUAUCUUCAGAGGACUCGACGGGCUCCGACACCUAUCAUCAGACCGAUUCUUAUUUUGCUGCAUUGUGUCUGGUCUUGAGAGCUGCUACCCUCCGGAGGACCAAUUCUCAUCGUGUGAAGACCUGAUGCGAUCCGAUGUGCUCCGAGUCUUCAUGUGGAUACUCGGUGUUAGUGCAUUUAUUGGCAACAUCUUCGUCAUCAUAGAACGAGUACGAGAGAAGAAGAAUUUCCGCGUCCAAUCUUUCCUGAUCUUCAACCUUGCUAUAUCUGACUGUCUGAUGGGAGUCUACAUGCUCAUCAUUGCCAGCGCGGAUGUACACUAUAAGAGUGUAUACGUUUUCCAUGCAGAGAGUUGGAAAGCUAGUGGCAUGUGCAAACUUGCUGGAAUCUUAGCCAAUCUUUCCAGUGAAGUAUCAGUGCUUAUUCUCACUAUAAUAAGCUUAGAUCGUUUCCUCUGCAUCACAUUUCCCUUCUCACAAAAGCACUUGGGAAGGAAAUCAGUACGCAUUACAGCAGCAGUGAUCUGGUCAGCAUGUCUUAUCUACAGUGUAAUCCCAGCCCUACCUAUCCCAUAUUUUGGAGAGAGAUUCUACGGACGUUCCGGUGUAUGUCUCGCUCUUCCGUUGACCAAUGUCAAGCCUCCAGGGUGGCAGUAUGCCAUGAGCGCCAUCUUCAUCAACUUUAUUGCCAUGGUAACCAUCAUUGGCUGCUACAUUGUGAUCUAUGUUGUUGCUAAGCGAUCGGGAUCAACCGUUAGGAACAACAAACAGAUGGCUUCAGAGUUUAAAUUGGCGGUCCGAACUGCAAUCAUCGUUGCUACAGAUAUCUGUUGCUGGUUACCUAUCGUCAUACUAGCAUUUGUUUCUCUCUCUAACUCUGCCAUCAUACCACCGACGGUGUACGCCUGGAUUGCUGUCUUCGUUCUCCCAAUCAACUCGGCCAUCAACCCAUAUCUCUAUACCAUCUCAACGGUCGAUGUCAAGACCAGACUGGCGUCGUAUCGCACUGGUUCGAAUCUCUUCUUGGGCAGCAACAGCAGUGGCAAAAAUGGAACUACAGGCAAAAGUGGAAACACCACGCAUCUUGGACACAGUUCGUCAAGAGAAAAUGAUUCAACCACACCUAUUCCUAUGAACACAAGGAAGCCUGAUCGUUUCAUUCUAUCUGAUGCACUCAGCCUUAUCGGAGCCAAGAAGCUUCACCUGACAAUCGAGGAUGUUCAGUCUGUUCGGAAAGAAUUGCACGGUGUACUUGACAUAAUCCACGCAUGCGCCAUGACCCAUGGGUCAAUAGAUGCUCAUCACGUUAUCAUCGCGAAAGAGGAGGAGUCGGGGAAGUGGACAGGCUCUCUUAUUUUGACGUCUACACCCGGUGAGAUGAAGGACAAUUCUCCGACUGAUGAUGAUGUAGAUAAACUGGAAACUGUUAUCGUAGAACUGACUGACGCACUGGGAUUUGACACCGCUUUAUAGGAGCUACGAAGGGACAGCGAAUAUAAUUUGUCAGUGCCAUUCAGUGCCUUAACCACGAGAAAAUGUGUUAAGGAAUGUGUAUAACAUUCUUACAGAUAGUAUUGUCAUGGCAUGGCAUGUUUUUAUUUCCCGUAUUUCUUCACGCGUCAAAAUAAUUGCUUUAUUUACUUGAACUAAGACUAUUAGCACUUUCGAUUUCAGCUGAGUUUUCUUCGUUUUUAAUGCAAAACUGAAUGUAUGUUUAUUUCUGUGCUAUUAUAUUCUUACAAGUGUAUAUCAUGCUAGGAUUGUACUUGUAUCUUUAAUGUUUUUACGCUUUUUAGGGUCAAAUUUAGGCCUCUUUUAAAGUAUGGAUAGUGGUAAAGUGAGUCCGUAAUGGUAUUGACUGUGCUAAUGGUACAUGCCACAUGUGAAAGUGAUUACUGUUUUGUAAAGUAAUUAUUGGUAAUAUUCCUCAAGGAAAUGUUAGAGAUGCUGAAAUGUCUCAUGAUAGUUGUCAGUUAUUUGAAAGCAUUUAUUAUUGUUGUUUUAAGGUCAAUAUCUCAUAAAUUCGGGUGUACACGUGAGACAUAUUUUUCUUACGCUUUAGGAUUUCAUUUAGUAGUAAUUGUAGUACACCUAUACGCACGUACGUACAAAUUACAAAGCGGAGUGAUAUUUUUAGGUAAAGUUUGAGUGAUUCGCUUUUCGAUUAUCCUUGUUUAAAUCGUUCUUGGUGUAACAUCGCGAUACUUGUUGUAAUAGUUAGGAAAGAGAAUGGAUCAUUGUAAUGUGAUUUAUAAUAUGCUAAUGAUAGAUGUUUAUGAUUCAGAAACAAGACAAAGACAAAGAAGACAACAUUUAUUGAAGUAUAGAAGUGAAAGAAAUAGUUACAUGAUAAGAGUUUGAACAUGAAUCUCAAUAUUUCUAGUUGCUUUACUCUAGUCUCAAACUUGAUAAGUACUCUUUGAAGGUCAUGCAUUUACUUAAGUUUGCUUACAAAGAAAGCAUUCUAAGAGAAAAGAACAUAUUACAGAUGAAAGUGUAAAAAGUAUUAAUGCAUUUUCCAGUUUAAAGAGAAGGUUGAGUUCUGGGAAGAGGUGAAAAAUAAUUUGUGAGCGUUACU